CUUGUUUCACCAAAGAAACACACAUUUGCCAAGUGUAGAGAGACACCCACAGAGGAAAAUAAACAUAUGACAACCAAUAUGAAAACCCAAACUCAAACUCAGGUUGAUGAGCAAAUGGUUCUCCUCUCCCAGUAUUAUCCUGGGAUAUAUGACCAACUAAUACCAGAACAAGGGGAAGUGGUGAAACCAAGAAGAAGGCGAAAGAAGAACAAAGCAGAUGGAAGUGGCAGUGGGAUGAGAAAAAGGAAACUAAGUGAUCAGCAAGUGACCAUGUUAGAAGAAAACUUUGGAAAUGAACACAAGCUGGAAUCAGAAAGAAAGGACCGGCUAGCCUCUGAGCUCGGGUUAGACCCGCGCCAAGUGGCUGUUUGGUUCCAGAACCGCAGGGCUCGAUGGAAGAGCAAGAAGCUUGAAGAGGAAUACAACAAGCUGAAAACUGAACAUGACUCCACUGUUCUUGACAAAUGCCGCCUUGAAACUGAGGUAUUGAAGCUCAAAGAGCAACUCUCUGAAGCAGAAAAGGAGAUAAAUCGACUUGUGGAGAGGUCAGACGGAAUAUCGAGCACAAGCCCGAGUUCGUCAUUCUCUAUGGAAGCGAUGGAGCCGCCAUUUCUCGGGGGAUUUGGGAUGGAAGGGUUGGAGAAUGUAUUUUACUUGCCGGAAAACAACUAUAUACAGGGAUUGGAUUGGUUGAACAUCUAAUUAAGGAAAAUGUAAUUAAAUAAUUAUAGUAUUGUAGUCGUGUAGAUAGGUGUCGAUCUAAUGUAAAUCUUCUCGGUAUCCUUGCUUUAUCGUAUUAAUUAGUUCAUCGUAUUUAAUUUC